CGACUAAUUGCCAAUAUAACUUAAUCUAUCAAAUUAAAUUCGACAUAGUGAUAAUAAUAAACUAAAUCUACAUAAUCACUUCAAAAUGGAUUAAAAUAGUUGAGAUUUUACAAGUCAAAAUUUGAUAGAAAAACACAUUUUGGAAUACCUAAUGUUAUUUGAUAACAAAUAGUAAGUUCAUUAUUGAUAACACUCAGCUGAUACCAAGGUCAUAGGCUUUUAAAUAAGUCUCCAAUCAAAAUCGAGUAAAACUAAAUAGUGAGUUCAACUUUCUAACGAGUUGUGCACAUAAUUUGGUUACAGUGCACAAAUAGACACAUAUUACAGUUAAUGAAUAGAACAAAUUCUGUGGCCAUUCAUUGUGAUUUGUUAUUUAUUAUUGUUAUUAUUAUUAUUAUCGUCAUGCUAGUAUCUGAUGUUGACCAAAAUGCCGUCAGCUUGACAAACUUACAAACUAAAGAUAUCACGAGUUUACAGUUAAGUACGCCACAGACUGUAACUACAUUUACCAUACCAACAACAACAGAAUCUGCUAUGUCUACUUCGAAUGAUAUCUUAGGAAACCAAGAAAAUCAAAAUGCUGCCUCACUUUCUACGGAAGAAGCAAUAGUUAGUUUACUUGAACGUACAAAAUAUACUUACGUACAAGAGAAUGGACAGAGACGUUAUGGACCUCCACCAAAUUGGCAAUGUGAGGCACCUCCAAGAGGUUGUGAGGUAUUUAUUGGCAAAAUUCCUAGGGACUGUUUUGAAGAUGAACUUAUUCCUGUAUUCGAACAAAUUGGACCAAUUUAUAUGUUUCGAUUAAUGAUGGAACUUAAUGGUAUAAAUCGAGGUUUUGGUUUUUGUGUAUACACUAACAGAGAAGAUACUAAACGAGCAGUUCAAGAACUUAACAAUUAUGAAAUUCGAAAAGGAAAAACAAUCGGAGUAUGCUUAAGUGUAGAUAAUUGUCGUUUAUUCGUUGGAGGGAUACCUAAGAAUAAAACAAGAGAAGAAAUAUUGUCUGAAAUGAAACGAGUAACAGAUGGAGUCAAAGAUGUAAUAUCAUACCCAAGCGUAACCGAUAAGACAAAAAAUCGUGGAUUUGCAUUCAUCGAAUACGGUAGUCACAAAGCAGCUGCAAUGGCUAGACGUAAACUACUUCCUGGACACAUUCAUUUAUGGGGUCACCAAAUAGCUGUUGACUGGGCUGAACCAGAAAGGGAGGUUAAUGAGGAUAUCAUGUCAAAAGUAAAGAUUUUAUACGUUCGCAAUCUAAUGCUGUCAACUACAGAAGAAAGUCUACGUGAUUCAUUUAUUAAAGCUGCCGGUGGUGAUCCUAACAGCGUUGAAAGAGUAAAGAAAAUAAGUGAUUAUGCGUUUAUUCACUUCAGAGAGCGUGAACAAGCUUUACAAUGUUUGCAUACUUUAAACGAUACCUAUAUUGAUGGUUCAAAGAUAGAAGUUACAUGGGCUAAACCAGUUGACAAGAAUGAGUUAAACACUCGACAACAGUCAUCUCGUUCACCUGGAAGAUUAAUAAAUGAAUUAGUUUUAUCAAAUGAUCAAAACAUGAUUGCCGCAGCUACAGCUGUUGUAGCAGCUGGAGGGAUGUUACCCCAUUUGGAAUCAACAUCCUCAUUUUUUCUACCAUCUCAAGGUACACCUAUGGGAACUGAUCUUUUACCAACUAAUUCAAAUAUUUUGAACUCCGGGAGAACAGAUAAUAAUCUUGGAAGUCCUAGUGGUAUGAAGCUGAAUUCCUCAAGAACGGGUAGAAGAAAUGCAGCCGGUAGUCGAAGUGCUGGAGCUCAAAAGGAUCGUAAACAUCCUGUAGAAGCUAAACAUCAAUGGCGUUUAUACGAUCAGUUAAAAUUACAACAACGUCAGUUGAAUCCGUUGGCUCUUUUAGAGAAUUUAAAUGAUCUAUGUUUACGUGAUGGUCUUGGUUCACCGAUAUGUAGUGCAAUACCAGUUGAUUUCAUUGAUUCAAAUACAGGAAAUAAGGUUCAAUUGUAUGUUGGACAGGUUUAUAUUCCAAAAUUGCAAUUCCGAUGCAACACAAGCCGGUAUUAUUUAACAUCUACUGAGGCUAAACUUGGUGCUUCUGAAAUAGCUAUUCAAAGUCUUCCAUUUAAUCCUUUCAACUUGAAUGAAGCAUUUGCAACUAGUUAUACUCUGCCAAUUAAUCCAAAUAUAGUACAUACGAAUGCAGCAUUUAUGCCAUUACCAUUAUCAAAUAAUAUGCCAAAUACAUCAACUCCAUUGAAUUUAUUACAAUCUCAAACAAAUAUUCUACAAUUAUCUGGUACAACAAAUUUUCCUAUAAAUAAUACUGGUCUAACAAAUGUAACCGGUAAUUUAACUAAUAACAAUAAUAAUAAUAAUGUUAAUCUACAAAAUGAAUGUACUGCUGGAACCAUGAUCAACAAUGCAUUUGAUUAUUCUACACAGUUGUUUUCAACGGGCACCCUAGGAAAUAAUGGACUUAUUAAUGCAACAUUUAACAAUCAACCUACUUAUUAUUUUGAUCCGAAUUCCAUUACAACUGCUGCUGCUGCUGCAACAGCUAUGUUAGUUGGACCAAAUGGAUUAGGUACCGUUAAUAAUACUGCUAUACCACAAAUUAUUGGUAUUCAACAAUCGUUAACUAAUUGCGGUAAUGAAUUAGGACAAAAUUGUUCAUCUUCUUCUACUAUUGGACAAUCGGUAAACUCUUUGUCACCAUUAGCAGGUUUAUAUAAUUUUGGUUUACAAAUACCAUUAAUUUCAACAUCAGCUUUAUCACAAUCACAACCAACAACAAAUCCAACUUCACAAACUGCAACUGUAAUGAAUUUAUUAAAUCAGUCAUAUACAAAUCCUCUUUCUGUACUCAAUGGUACUCUAUCAGUGACACAAUCAAUGAAUGAACAAACUCAACAAAUAGCUCUUUCUGGUACAAGUUGAUCUGGUAUAUUAGGAACUAGUUGAAUGAGAUUUUGCGUUUUCGUAAGUUUUCAAUGGAAGAUAUCUGGAUGAUACCUUUGUUUAUUUGAAAUGACUUCUUGAAAUUCACGUAUUGUAUUGGUUCCAGUUGAAUGGAAUAUUAAAUUCCAAUACCAAAUAUUUUUGCAAUAUAUUUAUUCUUCACAUUUAUUUUGUUAUAUAUUCCAUAAUCUUCAUAAAAUGGUUUACUCUUCUCUCUUCUAUCUCUAUUUUUUCCUCCAUAUUUUCCAUUGAAUUAUCCAUGUAAACUGUUUGUCUAUUUCACUUGUCAUUUCAUCAGAAGAUGAAUCAUUUCCAAACUGUUUUAAACGAUCCAGCUAACAAUAAAUAUGGGUAUGAACAAACAAUUUUGUGUUGAUCAUUAUUUGAUACUCAAUUAAGAUAAUAUAAGCUACAACAUUGGAAACUCUUGAGAUACCAUUGUUCUUUCAUACAUCUUCAUUUAUACAACAAAGGGUAUUUUGUUUUACCUUUUUUUUCUAUAGUCAUUAGUAUUUACCACAGUUGUUUCACAUUACUACUAUUAUUAUCAGCUUCGGAACAAACGUUGUUUCAUUUCUAUAUACAUAUACUUUUACCAUCUUCUUGUGUCCUACUUUCUCUAAUAUAAUAGUCAUUAUUAAUAUUUUAAUGGACAAAAAACAUCUUGUAAAUCAUCACCAUUACUAUUAUUAUCCAUAUGUCCACAUUAUUAUUGACUAAAUCAUUAGUACAGUCUUAAGUAUGUAGGUCAAGUCUUCACUAAUAACAGUUCAUCUUUGACACUAUAUAUCUAUAUCUAUACAUAUAUUACAAUGAAUAAAAUAUUUGAAGGUGUCUAUGUGAAAAGGCAAACUAUUACCUGAAUGUAAUAGUACAUCGUACUUAAUAUGUUGAAUAUAUAUAGAUAUUGACAAUAUUAUUCAAUGGUGGUUUUAUGAUAUCCACUUAUUUAUUUGCUUUGUUUAUUCAGUGAAAAACGUAGACAAUCAAAAAAAAGAAGUUAUAUAUCUAUGAUCCAACUUACUUAACUUUCAUCUAUAAUAAGUUUUGUGUGAAAUACCAUAGCCAUUCUUAUUUAACUGGUAGAACUAUUGAAAAAUGAAACUAUAAGUAGUAUAGUUUUGUACAGGGCAAUUGCAUUUUAAGUACUUAUGUAUGUGUCAACAGCAACAAAACCAUGGUUCAUUUACUUAUUUCCUUUUAGUAUUUAUAAUAAUAAUGUCAUAUAUCUAUACAUAUAUCUUGUGAACGAUGUAUUAGAAUUUGUGUACGAAGUUUUCCUUCACGUUUAUUCUCAUUUAUGUAACCUACUAGUCCAUUCUUUUUGUCAAUGUUAAAAAAAACAACGUUUAAAUGAAAGACUAUACGCAAAGAUAAUAUUUUAUAUUUGUAUUUCCCUCUCUUUUCAUACUGACUUCUUUAUCGAAAUUCUUCAACAUGUUCUUAUUUUAAUCUUCAAUAUUGAAAGGUUUAAUGUUUGUUGAAGGCUUAUUUGUCGCUUCCUUCUCCUUCUUCUUUUUCUUCCCCUUCUCCUUCUUCUUCUUCUUCUACUUCUUCAGUCACUUGGUGUAAUAAGUUUAAAUAAAAAAGGCACAUUGUCAUUUAAUUAAUUUACUAAAAACGUAACUAAUCAAAUUGAACGUUUUAAUGUGUUCAUAUUACAGUUAAUGCUUGUUUCAAAAUAAUAUAUAUUUUCAUUUGUUUUAAUAUUUUCAGGAUAAUGCUUCUACACAUUUAAUGUCAUUUGGUAGUGAGAUGCACUUUUAAAUUUCAUAAAGUUCCCGAUAAAAGUGAUUUGGUGAAUAUCAAAGAUAAUUUUACUAGAAGAAAACUAAACUCCAAACAGAUUCUUUAAAAAGGGUCCUAACAUCAGUCAGUCAGUCAGCUACAACGUA